CACAGGCAGUGCGAGCCUGUGACAGCAAAGCCCCGCGUUCCUCACCCUCGUCGUCUCUCUUACAGAUAACUGACUCGGCUGGGCACAUCCUGUAUGCCAAGGAGGAUGCCACAAAGGGCAAGUUUGCCUUCACCACUGAAGACUAUGAUAUGUUUGAGGCCUGUUUUGAGAGCAAGCUUCCUGUGGGAACAGGGAGGAUGCCGGACCAGCUCGUGAUUCUGGAUAUGAAGCAUGGAGUUGAAGCAAAGAACUACGAGGAGAUUGCUAAAGUGGAGAAGUUGAAGCCUCUGGAAGUAGAAUUGAGGCGCCUGGAAGAUCUUUCAGAGUCCAUCGUGAACGAUUUUGCCUAUAUGAAGAAACGAGAAGAGGAGAUGCGGGACACGAACGAGUCGACAAACACCCGGGUUCUGUACUUCAGCAUUUUCUCCAUGUGCUGUCUCAUCGGACUGGCCACCUGGCAGGUUUUCUACCUGCGUCGCUUCUUCAAGGCCAAGAAACUUAUUGAGUAAAGGAGCAAGUCCUCCUCCCCCUCCUCUCAGACCCAGCUGGACACCGCUGGGACCCAGCCACGGCCCCCUGGAGCCAUCUCACAGAUGAUACCCACUGACCGGCGCUUUUCUGCAGGAACUCGGACCCUACAGGGGGAGGGGAGCCUAAACAUUGGAUGCAAUGGGGGACUUAUGAAAUCCUGUUGGAUGUUGAGGGUGGGGGAGGUUGUGAUGGGUUUGGGGAUUCCUGGGCAGCGAUUAAAUAAAAAAAAAAGAUGUUUCCAUGACAGCUGCAGCAAGUUUUUGCGCUGUCUGUUCUCCUUUUAUAACCUUGAAUUGACGAUGUCUCCCCAUCUGUCUGUGACUGCAGUGUUAACUCGGAGCCACUUGACCCUGCUGAGCUCUUCAAGGUGCCACUAGCACCGGGGCAGAGCAGGGCAUGCCCUCUUCUGACCAGCUGGCAUCUAAGCCUCGUGCAAACGGAGGUGAGCGCAAAGCAAUAGGAUUCACCAUUCCAGCAGGGCCUGAGGAUAGAGGGAGGUCCGAGGUUUGGUCCCAGUUGUGGACCUCUGUGUUUCUCCCUGUGGGAGCUGGUGUCUGUGCUGACAGGUC